UAGGGACAACAUCUCUAUAGCUAUAUGCAGCUAGGAGACUCAAGUGUGUUGGAAAUCUCCUCCCCUAACAAGCCCGUGAUGGCGGUGACGGCGGCAGCACCAUCGGAAGCACCGGCACAUGAAGAUGUCAACGGUGGUGAUAUGGUAGAGAUGGAAGUGAGUGCAAAUUCAGGUGAAGAGAAGAGAAGAGAAGAAGGUGAUAAGGUAAGGUUUGGAGGAAACCGUUGGCCACGCCAAGAAACUUUGGCUCUCUUGAAGAUAAGGUCUGAUAUGGAUGCUGUGUUUCGGGAUUCAAGUCUUAAAGGUCCACUUUGGGAAGAAGUUUCAAGGAAACUAGCAGAGCUUGGAUAUCACCGAAGCGCAAAGAAGUGCAAGGAAAAAUUUGAGAAUGUGUACAAGUACAACAAGAGAACCAAAGAAAGCAGAAGUGGAAAAUCAGAUGGAAAAACCUAUAGGUUUUUUGAUCAAUUACAAGCCCUUGAGAACCAAUUCAAAGUUUCUUACUCACCAAAAUCACAUCCUGUUUUGGCAAAAACAAAUACACUAGCAGUGACAUUGCCAACAAGGCAAAGUGAUAACAGUACUAUACCUAUCUCUUAUGUCACCACCACUUUUCCAUCAACAAACCCUACACUUAUUUCUCCUUCACCACCAACCACCACAACCAGAUCCACAACAAUAACCAACCCUAAAAAUCCAUCACCACAAGCCAAUAAUAAUACCCCACAUUAUUCUUUCCACAACAUGAACCUUUUCUCAACCAUAACCUCUUCUUCCACCGCAUCCGAUGAAGACAUAGAAGAGAGGUAUAAGAGGAAGAGAAAAUGGAAGGGCUACUUCAGGAGGCUCACUAGGCAGGUCCUGUCAAAGCAAGAGGAAACGCAGAAGAAGUUCUUGGAAGCCAUUGACAAACGCGAGAGAGAAUGGUUGACACAACAAGAAGCUUGGAGGAUGCAAGAAAUUGCGAGGAUCAAUAGGGAACAUGAGUUCCUUGUUCAAGAACGAUCAAAUACAGCAGCCAAAGAUUCAGCAAUCAUUGCAUUGUUACAAAAAUUGUCCGGGCAAAAAAAUCCCACACAACCUCCUCGUAGCAAUUCCCUCCUACAACAACCACCACCACAACCGUCGCCGUCGCAGUCACCGCGGCAAGUAUCACAAAUAGAGCAACAACAACAGCAGCCACAGCCAUUAUCAUUGAUACCAAACAACAAAUUUGAAAUCCAGAUAAUGAACAAUGGUUACAAUGCUACUACUCAAGUGAACUCUUCUUCUAGGUGGCCAAAGGCUGAAAUUCAUGCUCUAAUAAGGUUGAGGACAAGUCUUGAAGCUAAGUAUGAAGAAAAUGGACCAAAAGCUCCAUUGUGGGAAGAUAUAUCAGCUGGGAUGUUGAGACUUGGGUAUAACAGGAGUGCAAAGAGAUGCAAAGAGAAAUGGGAGAACAUCAACAAGUACUUCAAGAAAGUGAAGGAAAGUAAUAAAGAAAGGCGUGAGGAUAGUAAAACAUGUCCAUAUUUUCACGAGCUUGAUGCUAUAUACAAAGAAAAGAGCAAAUCUCAGAACCCCUUUAGCAUCGCAAUUCAUAUGAAACCAAAUGAGUUGACGGAGCCAUUGAUGGUUCAACCAGAACAGCAAUGGAGGCCCCCUCUUGAAGCUGGUAUAGCGAAGGAGAAUGCAAGUCAGUAUCAAGAAAAUGAAAAAGAAGAAGAAGAAGAGGAUGAUGUUGAUGAAGAUGAAAAUGGAGCACGUAGUGUGGAAGAAGGAGGAGCUAGCGGUUAUGAUAUUGUGACAAAUAAGCUUUCUUCAAUGGGCACAGUUGAAUGAGACAAGAUAAGGAAGUUUCUGAAUUAUGGAGGUUUUUCUUUUUUCUGUUUUUGGUUGUUUAUAAGAAGUUAAUUAUUGAAAAAAAUUGGUUUUUAACCCAUAUAAGUUGAAUUCUGUAAUGCAGUUUAA